AUGAAUUGCCUGGUGUCGGUUUCGAUUAUUUUCACCGGUGACGGCGAUGAACGUCGACAGACCACCUUCAGGAGGUCGACCACACGGGCGCCGUCCAGCGACAUUCCAAGACCAUCGGGCGCCAUCGUCACCGAACGGCAGAAUGUACCGCGGCGAGUUAACGCCCGCUCCCGCCGCGAAGCGAUCGGCUGGAAAUUGAGGGCUGCCAGUGAAGAACAAGGAGACGGAGACGGACGAGUGGCCGCCGGCCAACUCCGCAGAACCGGUCCGUCGUUGACGACUACUGACGGCUGCCUCUACGACGGCUCCGGUUGCGAACUUUACACGAUCGAUUCGACGAUUAACGAACAACCGUAA